CCUAGGAACACAGCCCGAUAAGGUGGGCCGAGAUGGUAGGGGCUGGGGAGAGGUUCGGGAAAACCGUUGUUAAUUGCGUCUGAGCUCCAGCCUAGCCCCUCCCUCCCAGGGACCACUGCAUUGAAUUUAUUCAAAAUGCAAAUUAUCUGUGAAUUCUGCGUCUCACGACUGAGGACCUGUCACCCGUUGGCUUGGAAUUUCCCGUCCCCCUGUACAAAUUAAAAAGACUAGACUAUAGCAUUUCAUUGUUUGACUUCUGCUCGGCAUUCCGAAGAGAUCCAGUAAGCCCGUUUUGCUCUGCACGAGUCUGUGUCUUGCAGGCAUGCACUUUGGAGAAGCUCUGGACCUUUCCUUCCCCGUGCAUCCCGCACGUAUUUCACUCGGGCAUGAUGCAAUCAACUGACGCAACCUCCAAAAAAAAAAAAAAUGCUUGGGGCUUCUUAUUGCACAACUGACGAAGUGGACCGAGGGAACCGGGACAUAAGUCACUACAAUCACUUAAAGUGUAAAGCUUUUUUCCCGUUAAAUCUGUUGGUUUGUCUUGGGUCAAGGAUGUCUUUCCCUUCUACUACCUAACAAGUCAACCUUUCUCGACUUUCCCUCCUGGUGUUAGUAGAGUCUAUCAGAGCUUAAGGCUCAGUGAACGACAUCCACACAAAGUAUACAACUCGGACUAAAUCCCAGGCCGCCCUUCUGUUAGGUCCAAGACAAAAGAUUUACCAACAGCAUGAAUCAAGAAAAGUUAGCCAAACUUCAAGCUCAGGUCCGGAUAGGGGGCAAGGGUACAGCUCGCAGAAAGAAGAAGGUGGUACAUAGGACAGCUACUGCUGAUGACAAAAAGCUUCAGAGUUCUCUAAAGAAACUGGCUGUGAACAAUAUAGCUGGUAUUGAAGAGGUGAACAUGAUUAAAGAUGAUGGAACAGUUAUUCAUUUCAACAACCCCAAAGUCCAAGCUUCCCUCUCCGCUAACACCUUUGCAAUUACUGGCCAUGCAGAAGCCAAACCAAUCACAGAAAUGCUUCCUGGAAUAUUAAGUCAGCUUGGUGCUGACAGCUUAACAAGCCUUAGAAAGUUAGCUGAACAGUUCCCACGACAAGUAUUGGAUAGUAAAGCACCAAAACCAGAAGACAUUGAUGAAGAGGAUGAUGAUGUUCCAGAUCUUGUAGAAAAUUUUGAUGAAGCAUCGAAAAAUGAAGCUAACUAAAAUCCUCUGGGUUCUGGAAGCUGGCAUGGACUAGAUUUAACAAUCAGCUCUGUUGUUCCAAAGUUUUACAGACACGGAGAACAUCACCUGUUACUAGUUCAGUAAUAUAAAUAUUUUGUAUAUUAAUAAUGCUGUUUGUUCAGCAUUUCUCGGUCAUUUGAUUUUGCAUUUUGCACUUCUUCCCAGGAUCUAUUCUUUUGGUCAAAAUGAAGUAUUGGUAUAGUUUGAGGGUGGUUUUUUGGUUUUGGGGGGGAACUUUUGGUGUGUAUGUAUAUGUAUGUGUGUGGGUAUGUGUGUACACAGCGAACAGCAAAUUGGAUAAAACUUAUAUCUAUCCUCUUCCUUCCCCUAGUAGAAAUAAAACAAAUCUUUACAUUUGUUACUUUUUUUUUCCUAAUGCUGCACAAAAUUGAUGAAAAGUGAGUGUCUUUGAUUUCAGAUCUGAAGAGAUUUCCUACUGUUGGAAGUUUGGUUUUAAUUUGCUCAGUUAACAAUAUUUUUUUAUACACUUCUCUGGAUUGAAAAUAUCUUGAAAUAUUUUGCCACCAGAUUGCUGCCUGAGUCACAAGUCGGGUACUUUUGGUGUGGCUGCCUUAGACUCGCUUCCUAAUCAGACCUAGAAAUACUCCUUUUAUUGACUUUCUUCCUGUUGCCCCCACCCCCCUAUUUUAGUCAUCAAAUGGACUGGUCAGCCUUUGAUAAUACUCUUAUCUCCUGCCUAGCUUGAGACAGAAGUUCUCCAUAUAGAGUUGAGAGAGUGCCUAAUCCCUCUUUUUGUUCCUUACCUUGAGGAACUGCUCCGUCUUCAAUGCUUUCUUUCCCUUCACAUUUACAGUUUGGUAGAUUUCAAACCGAACAGCUAGCAUGUGCUUGCUAGGUAACGUUAUGCCAGGCUUACCCUGUUCCCAGCUGUUGUCAGUAGCAGGUCAAGAGUGCCUCUUUUCAGCAAGGCUGAAACUGGGACUGUCCUUUUGAAUGAAAAGAACAUAGGCUGUAGAUUUAUCUUCUAGCAUAGAUGGGCAUUCUCUGAAAUGGUACUGGCCCCAGGAGAAUUUCUUCAGCCACUCUCCUAUUCUUGGCCUUGAGCUUACCUCUGGGUAGAUCUGAUUGAUUGUAGCUGCUCAUAACACCCUCCUGCAUGUUUAGAAUAAUGCUUUGGGGGGAACAGUGGUAAGACACAGUAUUUAUUUACUUACCUCCUUUCAGAGGACUUGGAGGUAAGUUAUAUUCAUUCACUCAGGUUUUCCUCUUGCUGUCUGAUAAAAGCUUGUGUUUUGCAUAUCAGCAUUUAUUAUAGCCAAUAUUUUAGGAUAAGGUUUAAAGAAUACUAUUUCCUGACCCAUCACCAAACUAACUGCUCCUUAACCUUGCAGCAUGUCAACUUUUGUUUCAAGCUAGAUAUCUUUCCUUGAUACUUAAGAUGCAAGACCAACAGCAUACUGAGAGACCUAUAGACACGAAGGCAAUGCUCCUGUGUUUUUUCAUCCAAACAUUUUCAAUUUAUUUUAUAAAUUUGUUGAUUUUUUUCCUGUUAUGUUUUAUAUAAUAUAUGGACUUAACAAAAUAAAUAACAAUAAUAAAAUCACAAUACAAAAGAGGA